AGGGCAGUUUAGUAAAUUAUUACAUAAUUUUGAUGGUAAGUACCGCAACAGGAAAUUAGGGCAAAAUGCAUUUCUGUAUGAAAGCUAAAUCCAGACCGUCUAUUUUCAAAUGAAACGAAAUCCAUGGCGUCGAUGUCCAUACAAUUUAGGAGCCUCCUGACCGUCGGAUCGUGGUGGUGAUACACUAACUGCUCCACAAGGCCAACUGGUGUUGUCAUUAGGAAUCCCAACGGUACAAACUACAAAACAAAGAAACCGCCAUUUUCUUUCAAUCCAUCUCUCUCUGGUUUUUUGGAGAAUUCUUUCACUCUCUCUCUCUCUCUCUGGUUUUUUUGAAGAAUUAUUUCCCUGAGAUCACCAGAUUCUUGUAAACCAGAAGCUCCAUCUGAAGUCACCUGAACGACUCCAUUGACUGAUCAUCUCUAUCUGUCUCUCUCUCUCUCUCAUGGCUUUCUUAAAGAACCGCUGUAAUGAAUUCACCACAUUCAUGGGCGCGCAAGGCCCUGCAUUUUGCCUGUUCGGCCUCUUGCUCUCCAUCAUCGUUCUCCUUGCCUUCCUCGCCUUCAGUACCCCUUCAAACCACAUCUCCCCAAAAGACCCCUGCUCUUCUUCCCUCUUCUCCAUGCCCACCACUACCCCUAAUGGAGAAACUCUUCCCCCACUAACAACCCAAUCUAACCCUGAGGGAAAACCGCUUUCUCCACCCAUAAACCACUGUGACCCCAACGGGAACCAACUUUCUUCCCGGUCAAGAGACCAUACUGAUGAUCAUAAUGGGAAACCACUUUCUUGCACCUCAAGAAAUCAGACCGGCCAUGACGGAAAACCACUUGCCCCACCAAGAAACGAGAAGAUCCCGGCCACUACCACUUUCUGCCUGCCCAAAAACCACUAUUACCCAGCCUGGAAACCACCCAACUCAACGGUAAACCGCUUGGAGACUGAUAAAAUCUUGGAUUCCUACUUGCCUUUUAAGAGAGGAGAAAGGAGGGGGAAGAAUGGAUUUCACAGAAUUUUGAGGACGUGUGAUAUAUUUGAUGGGAAAUGGGUUUCUGAUGAGGCGUAUCCCUACUACGAGGCAGGAUCGUGUCCCUUCCUGGAUGACGCCUUUAACUGUGCAAAAAAUGGACGGCCAGAUUCUUCUUAUGAGAAGCUGAGGUGGCAACCAAGAGAGUGUCACAUACCCAGGUUGGAUGGGUUGGAGAUGCUUGAGAGACUGAGAGGAAAGCGUCUGGUGUAUGUUGGGGACUCACUGAAUAGGAACAUGUGGGAAUCCAUGGUCUGUAUAUUGAGGGCUGCUUUACCUGAUAAGACCAGGGUUUUUGAGAUUUCUGGGAAGCAGCAGUUCAAAACUGAAGGUUUUUAUGCCUUCAGGUUUGCUGAUUACAACUGCACGGUGGAGUUCUUUCGAGCCCCAUUCCUGGUCCGAGAAUGGAAGACCCCCGAUCCUGGUAGUGGGGCACGUAGGGAGACCCUGAGACUCGAUGUCAUUGAGAGGUCUUCAUCAAAGUACAUAGACGCUGAUAUGAUCAUCUUCAACACCGGCCAUUGGUGGACUCAUGAUAAAACCUCUAAAGGGAAGGAUUAUUACCAGGAAGGGAACCAUGUGUACAGCGAACUGAAGGUGGCAGAGGCAUUCCGAAGGGCUCUCCGAACAUGGGCCGAAUGGGUCGACAUCAACAUUGACCCCAACAGAACCAAACUCUUUUUUCGAGGUUAUUCGGCAUCACACUUCCGGGGAGGGAGGUGGAAUUCAGGUGGAAGCUGCAGAAAUGAAACUGUGCCAAUAAGCAAUGAGUCCCACCUGAUGCCAUACCCUGCAAAGAUGAGCAUCCUCGAAUCGGUGCUUUCAAGCAUGCAGACUAAGGUUUUAUACCUUAACAUCACAAGGAUGACAGACUACAGGAAAGAUGGCCACCCCUCUGUUUUCAGGAACCCAAUAACAGGGAAUCAGCAGUUCACAAAUAAGGCUCAAGAUUGCAGUCAUUGGUGCCUCCCAGGGGUUCCGGAUGCUUGGAAUGAGCUCCUCUAUGCCACCCUACUGAUUUCAGGCAGGGGCACUUGGGGGAAAAAGAAGAAUCAACAUUGAGGCUCUCUCUCUCAUGCAGCUCCAUCUCACUGACUCUAUUAUGCAGCACAUUUAGUUCCAUCUCUCUCUCUCUCUCUCUCUCUCUCUCUCUCUCUCUCAUUCAUGCAGCUCCAUUUCAUUGACUCUCUCUAACAUGCAGCACAUUUAGUUGCAGCUCUCUCUCAUAUGCAACAGUGCAGCUCUAGUUUGUUGCAGCUUACACACCCCUGCAACUGCAUUUGACUGUAGCUUUGUCUCUCCAGGCUUAGGGAGACAACAAUCAAUAUUGUAGUUCACCCCCUCCUUCAUGCAAACAACUCUUUGCUCUCUUCUCUCUCUCUCUCUCUCUCUCUCCACACACACACACACACACAUUACUUCACCCCCCUGCAAACAACUCUUAGCUGUGUCUCUCUCUUCCCCCCGGCCCUUUCUUCUUCUGAAAAUUCAUUUUGUAUACCUUGUGCAUAAAUACAUUGUUACAUUUUUCCUCAAUACUCCAUU